GACUUAGAAGAAAAGGAAGGACAUGUAUGGGAUAUAAUCGAUGAUCUGAUUGAAGCAGUAGUUGAUUAUUGCAAAUCUGAAAGCAUAUCGUACCUAGAAGAGAAUUAUCCAUCGGAAACCAGUAGUUUCAAUUCAUCAAUUUUAUCAUUAAACAAAGUUACUUUAAACAAACUAAGUUACGAUGACAUAAAUAUAGACAACAUAGCUUUAAAUACAAAUGAAUACAAAAUUAUAGAUGUUAUUCUAUUGGAUAUAAUUGACAGCGUUUGUGGAUAUGACAGUCAAAUAAAUGGUUUUGUUAAUAAUCUUCUUGAUAACACAGUAUCAGAAGUCAUAGCCAUCAAUAAAGAGGAAAUAAAUGCAAAUGAUGUUAUAAAUACCAAAGACAUGGCUGGUUUGCCUAAAAUGGUUAUUUUAGAUCAAGCUGUGAAUGAGUUUAUAUCUAAUGAUACUGAAAUAAUAGUUGUUGAUAAGUUAACAGAUACACCAGAAAGCAACCCUAGCAAAUUAGACAACAGAGCAACAACAACAAAUACAGACGAAAAAAAUGAUUUUGACAACCAAACUUACUACGAUGUGCCCAAAGAUACAAGCACUCACAGUGCAGAUAAUAAUAUCAUAAAAGAAAGUAAUAAUAGUGAAAACGAAGAAAGCGUUACUAAUAGAGAAAAUGUACAAAUAAUAGAAAGUCCCGAUAACACCCAUACAGAGCAAAUACAAGAGGACGACGUUUUGAAUAAGCUCAUAGUAACUGAAACAAUACCACCUGUCGAAUACGGGUUAGAUACAAAUGUCAGCACAGAAAAUAUUCAAUUAGAGCUAAAACAUUCAGAUGAAUGGCCCGACGAUAGUUUAAAAAAAGUAAAAUUUUCUGAUACAAAUAUCGGAAACGAACAACGGCCAAUAGACGGUGAUUCCAUGUACAAUAAAAAUGAGACCACCUUUAUGCACAAAAAACUUUCAUCGAGCUCUCAAAGAAACUACUUUAAACAUAUUAAUUUUUCCCCUCCAAAUACACACCUUCUAUAUCAAGCCAUUACAACUAAAAUCUUGUAUAUGUAG